CCCUCAGCGGGCGGCCCCAAAACGGGGCGGUGCUGCCGGAGCCGGGCUGUGGGGCUGGGGUUGGAGCCGGCAUCGGGACCGGGAGAGGGAGCCGUGCCGUGCCGUGCCGUGCCGUGCCCUAGAGAGUGAUGGCAGCCAUCAGGAAGAAGCUGGUGAUUGUGGGCGAUGGUGCCUGCGGGAAGACGUGCCUGCUGAUCGUCUUCAGCAAAGACCAGUUCCCUGAGGUCUAUGUGCCAACCGUGUUUGAGAACUACAUUGCCGAUAUUGAGGUGGAUGGGAAGCAGGUGGAGCUGGCACUAUGGGACACAGCUGGGCAGGAGGACUAUGACCGGCUGCGGCCUCUUUCAUACCCGGACACCGAUGUCAUCCUCAUGUGCUUUUCUAUUGACAGCCCAGACAGCCUCGAGAACAUCCCUGAGAAGUGGACCCCGGAGGUGAAGCACUUCUGCCCCAACGUGCCUAUCAUCUUGGUAGGAAACAAGAAGGACCUACGCAAUGAUGAGCACACGAGGCGAGAACUAGCAAAGAUGAAGCAGGAGCCUGUGAAACCAGAGGAGGGGAGAGACAUGGCCAACCGGAUCAAUGCCUUCGGCUACCUCGAGUGCUCAGCCAAGACCAAGGAAGGAGUGCGGGAGGUCUUUGAGAUGGCCACACGUGCAGGGCUGCAGGUCCGCAAGAACAAGAAGCGCCGGGGCUGCCCGCUGCUGUGAGCAGGGAGGGCUCUGCUCCAUGCCUGUCCCCAACCCUCUGCCCCAGAGCUGUCCCCAGCCAUUGGGGGCACCCCUGUGCCACGCUGGGGGGCGAUGCCUUCGUUCCCCAUCACUCCCUAUGGGCUGUGUGGUCUCCCUGCCUUGAGCAGGGUUGGCAGAAGCGGGGGCUGCUGGCUGCUCCCCCUGCAGUGUGCUGGCCCCAUCUGCCCCAUGGCCUUUUAUAUGGACUCACCUGGGCUGUGCUCAGCCCUGUCCUGCAGUGCUGUGCUGUGAGGAGUGCCAGCAGUGCCCUGCACCCUGGGACUGCCCCAGGGCAAUGCCUUGUCCCCAUGUCCAGCAUUAGAAUGAUGGUGCCUUCUUCGAGUCCAUGGCCCUCACAGACUCUUAGCACCAGCUGAGUAACUGGGAGAAAUAAAUACAAACUGGUAUGUGAGUAAUUGUAA